AUGGAGUCGUCAAAUGGAAGCACACCUCGCCCAGAGGCAUCUGAGGGGACUCUGAAGCCUCCAGAGGGCAUGGUUCUUCCCCCUAAGGAUAUCCGAAAAGCCAUCGAGACCACAGCAAGUUACGUCGUUCGCCAUAAAGGUACUUUUGAAGACCGUAUCCGCCAGAAGGAAAAGAGCAACUACAAAUUCUCCUUCCUGACCCCUGGAGACGCCUACGAGCCCUACUAUCAAUGGUACACAGCCGAAUACAAAGCAGGCCGAGUAGCAGGACCAGGAGGCCGAGCUGGCGAGGCUGUCGCCGCCGCGGUCCCCGAAAAGCCCAAGGGGCCACCUGAACCGUCCUCAUUCCACUUCUCGGCGCGCAUGCCUAUUAUCAAUGCACAGGAUUUGGACGUGGUCAAACACACGGCUCUAUUUGUCGCAAAGCGGGGGAAGUCAUUCAUGACUGCACUGUCGCAGCGCGAGGCCAGAAAUUUCCAAUUCGACUUCUUACGGCCACAACAUAGUCUCUAUCAAUUCUUCACACGAUUGGUCGACCAAUACACUAUUCUGCUUCGCGCCGAGGGAAUCAACGAGGCGACUACAUCCACGAAAAGAAUCGCAGAAUUGGAGCAAAAUGCAAAGAACAAAUUCCACGUUAUGGAGCGUGCUAAGCAGCGGGCAGAAUGGGUGAAAUAUCAACGGAAACAGAAGCAAGAGAAGGAGGAGAAAAGUGAACAGGAGCGCAUUGAAUACGCCCAGAUCGACUGGCACGACUUCGUCGUGGUCGAAACCGUCGAGUUCACCGAGCACGACGACCACGCGGACUUGCCACCUCCAACCUCCGCAAAUGACCUGCAGUCCGCCUCCCUCGAGCAAAGAGCGGCACUUUCUCUCAGCACACGACGUAUCGAGGAGGCGAUGCCCACCGGCCUCGACGAGCCCGUCUACUACAACGCCUACCCAGUCCAACCCACACCCGCACCCAUGCACGCCCCUCAACCCCCAGUCUCACCCUACCCAGCAGGCCCCUACCCCCCCGCAGCAGGCCAGUAUACCAACCCGGAAGAGGACCAGCGCAUCCGCGAGCGAACCCAAGCGCGCGAGCAAGCGGCCGCCGCUCAAGCAGCGGCCCAGGCCGGCCCUGGCCAACAGCCAAUGCGCAUCAGAUCAGACUACGUGCCCCGAGCCCAGGCGCGCCGCCAACAAGCCCAGAUGGCGAUCUGCCCUUACUGCAACCAGAAAGUACCCUCCAACGAGCUGGACGAGCACAUUCGCAUCGAGCUGCUCGACCCGCGCUGGAAAGAACAGCGUGCAAAGGCCGAAGCCCGCAGUGCCACCACCAACCUCUCCACUGUCGACGUGGUCAACAACCUCAAGCGUCUUGCAAGCCAGCGCAGCGAUGUCUUCGAUCCUUCUCCCCUGGACUCGGAGGAGGAAACUCGCCGCAAGCGACUGGCUAUGGGUCUCGAUGGCUCGGCUGGCCCCCAACACCCGAAUGCUGCCGUACAGAACCCCAACCCUCAGAGUAUGAAUAUCGAAGACCAGCUCAGACAUAUUCAUCAGCUUGCCAAGAAAUGA